GCUGGAACCAACAAACUGGCCUCACAAGCUGGUAUGACAAGUAUGGGAGCAACCAGGCACGUGGCAGACAUUAGGGCUGAUAACUGUGUCAAGGAAGGUCAAGGCGUUAUUGGGCUUCAGGCAGGGUCCAACAAAUUCGCCUCACAGGCUGGUAUGUCUUUCGGAUCAGUGAGGCACGUGUCCGACAUUCGAGCUGACGACCAGUGCAGGGAAGGCCAAGGCAUCAUCACCCUGCAGUCAGGAACUAACAAGUUUGCGUCCCAAAAGGGCAUGACGGGUUUCGGAGCGGCCAGACAUAUCGCUGACACAAGGGUUGAGGAUAUCACACCGGACAGUCACGCCGUCAUUGGGCUCCAGGCUGGAUCCAACAAGUUUGCCUCGCAGAAAGGCAUGCAGAGUUUCGGGGCUGUCAGGCAUGUCUCUGAUAUCCGAGCUGACAACAUUCUCCAGGAGGGGCAGGGUGUGCUCUCUCUGCAGUCUGGGACGAACAGAUAUGAGUCACAAAAGGGCAUGACAUCCUUUGGCGCUGUAAGACAUAUUGCAGACAAGCGCAUUGAUGACAUGGAUCAAAUUGGUCAAAGCAUUGUCAGACUGCAGGCUGGAACCAAUAAAAUGGAUUCUCAGAAAGGCAUGUCCGCGUUUGGAUCUGUGAGACACGUUUCUGACAUCAAAGCAGAUGAUAUCAACCAAGAAGCACAUGGAGUCAUCGGUCUGCAGGCAGGAUCCAACAAGUACGCUUCACAGAAAG